AUGGCCGAUGACGAUUUCAGUAAACUACUGCAACAAGCAGAACAAUUAACCACUGAAAUCGAAGGCAAUGAAGAGUUGCCGAGAGUAGAACGUUCUUUGGGCCAGGUGCUUGAGGCGUCCCAGGAGUUGUAUUCAAGAGUUAUCCAGUCAGGAGCAAAUGAUAUCCAAGCACAUCUUCUGUUUGGUUCAAAAGGAAUAGAUUUACAACAGAUAUCACAAAAACUUGAAACUCUCAGCUCCAAACGAACUUUCGAGCCACUCCAACCUAUAGCCGACUCUGACAUUGAAAGCUUUCUAAGGAACGAAAGAGAAAAUGCAAUUUUAUCUUUAAUUGAUGAGGUUAACAAAAACUCCCUACAAACUACUGAAGAUCAGAAAUGGGAACACAUGCUCUCUGAAUGGAACAGAGAAAAGAUUAAGUUGAUGAAUGCUAUGAUUGGUCCUUCUCAAAAUUGGCUGGACCUGAAGAGGACCCCAGAGCCACCAAGUAUUGCAGAUGCACCAAAGAAGUUUGGGCAUUCCAUGCUUGACAACAUAGAGGCUGCAUACUCUAGACAAGUACACCAGUACAACAAGCUUGUGUUCCAAGGAUCUAAAUCAAGGACAGCUUUACAUCAGAAAUUCACACAAGUUGCUGAAGAAUUUAAUGACCCUAAAGUUAAGGAAAUGUGGGAGAUAAUAAAGACAAUGGCGAAUAUUCCAGCCCUAGUUAGAGAUGAGGACCCUCUGAAGGCCAGAGGCAACCCUACCAUACAACAAUGUCUUGUGGCUCAAGGAAAGAAAUAUUUAGAGAAAAGAUAUAAACUGUACAUGAGCGAUGUCGUGCGUGCGAACCCUGCAGCAGCGAUGCGUGGUGGUGAGCCUGGCACGUACCCACUAGUGCGAGGGUUUGUAGGGCUCCGCUUACAAGGACAGAAUGUGCAGGUGUUGACUGACGGCGUCAUUGAUGAACGCCCGCUCUGGCCUAUGGUCUAUUACUGCCUUAGGAGUGGAGAUGCCAAUGCUGCCCUGCAUUGCCUAAGAAAGGCAGGCCGAGAUCAUGAGGAAUUUAUAUCAGCUCUUGAAGAAUACAUAAAGAAUCCAGAGAAACCUUUAAGUGAUAAACUACAAACCGCUAUCAACUUCCACUAUAGAAUACAAGUGCGAAACUCUACAGAUCCUUAUAAACGAGCUGUAUAUUGCGUCAUUGGUUGCUGUGAUCUAAGCGACGAACAUUACGAAGUGGCGCGCACAGCAGACGAUUACCUGUGGCUCAAACUUUCUUUCAUCAAGUCACGCAGCAACAAUGAGGCCGAAACAUUCUCUUAUUCUGAUUUACAGAAAAUGAUUCUAGAGGAAUAUGGUGAAACUCAUUACCAUGCUUAUGAGAAACCAGUUGUGUAUUUCCAAAUGCUCACUUUGACUGGACAGUUUGAACCUGCAAUUGAGUUCCUGUCGAGAAUUCCAAGAUUCCAAGUACAUGCUGUGCAUAUGGCAUUAGCUCUUCACGAUGUAUACAUGUUAGGUACACCGCGCAACGUUCAAGCACCGUUAUUGUCAGUCGACACCGACGAUCCACCACCGCUCCGUCGUCUGAACUUGGCAAGACUUUUACUGCUGUAUGUCAGGAAGUUUGAACUCACUGAUCCAUCUGACGCUUUACAUUAUUACUUUUUCUUAAGAAAUCUUAAAGAUCCCAGUGGAAAGAACUUGUUUAUGUGUUGUUGCACGGAUCUGGCUCUUGAGAGUCGCGACUAUGACUUGCUGUUCGGGCGAAUGGACGCAAUGACUGGUCUGCGCAGCCCUGGCCUACUGGACCAAUUCAACAACCCACAUAUUGAUAGCAAAGUUAUAGCUCUAAAUGUAGCAGAGCAGCUGGUGAACAAAGGCCUAUUUGAAGAUGCCAUAACAAUGUAUGAUAUUGCUGGGAACUUAGAGAAGGUCUUAGAACUAUUCUGUGUUCUAUUAGCACAAGUAGUGAAUAGUGGCGGAGGUGCGGGUGGGUUACGUCAGCGCCUGUCAGUUCUCGCUGAGCAUGUGUCAAAGAGAUUACGCUCGGCUGACGGCAGCUCGCUCCCGUCUGCUUUGGUUGAAGCCUACACUAAACUAUGCAAGUUGAUGACCUUCUUUGAUCAGUUCCACAGCGAAAAUUUCGAAGGCGCUAUUGAGACACUUCGUGAUUGUGAAUUAGUGCCGUUGAAUGCAAGUGAGCUAGAUGCUCGCGUAUCGGCUGCGCGCACGGCGCGUGGUGAGCUCUUGCGUAGUUUGCCUGCUGUGUUGCGAGCACUCUGCAAUAUUCUUCUAGCGCAACGACAAAAGUUACGCACAGCAGCUCAAGCCCAACCACUUGCAUCACAGAACAAUAAGCAAGUGGAAUGGCUACGUGAACAAGCUGAAGUACUGAACACCUUUGCUGGUAACAUUGCGUACAGAAUGCCAGGCGACACCUACAGUCAGUUGGCGCAGAUGCAGAUACUGAUGCACUAA